CCGUAUUAUCUCAGAAACUUCGUCCGCGCCCUUUGAACCCCUGCAUUCAGAGCAUGAUUGGGCAUACCAGUUGGCGACCACGAUUACCGAGAUGAAACUCCUCCAUGUCAUGGCAUGAUUGGGCAUGUCGAGUCGAACCCCAGACUCCCACUCUGUGGGGCGCUGACGAACUUUCUUAUAUAACAAACUACGGUUCACUUUGAGAGUCGUAAGCUCAACUUCAGGCCACGGGCUCCGCCCAGCAGAUCGCGCCCCUGUCGACAUUCGGCAACGCGCAACCGAGAGCAAGCGUGACAGCGGGGUAAAGUUCUUUCCUCCCGGAAGUGGUUAGCGAAGGCCCAGUCUGUACGGAUUAUGGCUCGACCAACUGAGCCGAUCGCGUGUGCAUGAGGCGAUCUGGGACCCUGGGGCCUCGCCUUAUUCUUAACGUCUAGGAAGAGAGCACAAGUCGGUUCUACGACUGUUGAAGGGAUGCUUACUGUGCAGGCAGGGCUUUAUAAGUUUACAUAUCUGCUAUAUGUAAUUCGAUCAACGCAUCAUCUUAUGACUAGCAGCACAUCAACAUACCAACUUAAUCAUGUUUUCCAGUCUUGUUGUGUCUUUGCUUGCCACCGUCUCAGCAUUGGUCACCGCCUCUCCAACCACUCGCACUGGUGGCAAUAGCACGCGGGCACCAGCGCUUUGGAUCAAUGGAAACUUUAUCGACUAUACAUCCCCUGGAGUGCGUUGUUCGCCAGACGAAGACGUUUUGAGUUGCGCGACGAAGCUCUUGGGCCAGAUGAAUGUCGAACAGAAUGCGACAUUCGGCACGCACUCGCUCACGGUGCAUCUGAAGUCUCUUUACCGUGCUCGCCGCUUCUUGUUCUGGAUCGACGCUGGUUACAUUAACAUCGAUUACACUGUCGGUGUGGAAGGCUGCAACAAGUCAAACCCGGUAGUUGUCAGCAAAGCGCCGCUUUUCUUCUGCAAUACCGGCAGUUGCUCAGAGGAGUUUUCCUUUACCCACAGUCAGACCGAGUCCACUACAUACGGAUACUCGUUGGAUACGAGUCUCCAACUGGGAGGCAAGAUCAAAAUUCUCACGAUCGGUUACAAUAUAUCUUUCAACUUCAAACGCGAGUGGUCGACGUCCAAAACUCAAUCAACAACGGUGAAAAGAGUGUAUAACAUGAAGCACGGUGAGAUUUGCGCCGCGACGUCGAUACAGGCGAACGUUGAUUGCCGGUACUCGUACAUGACCUUGGACAAGGCAACAUGGUUCCACCCAAACGGCAGGUCCGACGAGCUCAGUGCGGGGGGUUUGGAAGCCUUACUUGGCAAAGACGACUAUAGGAUUACUGGCGAGUUGCCUGAAUUUCUAAGGGCGCUGAAAAGUCAUAGUCCCGUUCGGCUGGAUGUGGGAACCCAAGCAAGAGGCUUUCCGUGGACUAUUGAAGGCUGUAUGUACAGAUGAAGGC